AUGGCGCGCAAGGGAGUCCAGUACACUCCGCCACCUUCGCCGCCGUCGCCCACGGCUUCUUACUACGACGUCAGCGACGACGAGGAGGACGAUUACAAUACCAUCUCACAUGCAACAACUGGGAGAGGGGUCAAACUACUCUUUUCCAAAAGCAAGGUCUACGUUCACCCCACCCCUUCCUCCAAAGAUAAUAUUCCCGGGUUCAUCGCCCUCAUUCAACAAAAGCCGGCUCAUGGUGCCUCCAAUGCGAUUGCAUCGACCAACUCUUCAAGAAAGGCCGAGCUAUCAUCAUACCUGCUUGCCUGGGCUCCGGAAUCCUCGCUAGGCGACGCCUAUAGCACCUAUGUCAAAGUCGAUCUUGCGGGCGACUCCUCUCCGCCGCGACAGAAAUAUUUGGUACCCCCUUUGCCGACAACCACCACUCAUAAAGACCCAAUAGGGCUCUAUGCCUUUGCCGUACCACUCUCGGAGAUCUACUCGUUGCUUGUACGACCCCCGAGCAUCGAUGGUGGUUUGGAAGCCUUCGAAUGCGAAUCAACCAUCCUACAAAAAAGGAAGAGGACUCAGGAAUCGUUUGACCCCUUCGGUGAGGAUGGCAGUCUGUUCUGGGGUGGCGACGAGGUCCUAAGGUGGCUUCGGAAGUAUGUGGAGGUGCAGCGUUCAGCCGUCGAUAAUAGUGUAUAUUUGAUCAACCCAUCCGAAGAAGAUCGCAUAUCGUUUGGGCGGCCGUUGACGGCCGAUGGAACAGUAACCAGAGCCCAGGACCAAGCCACUGGUCCGUCCGCGCAAGGUAGCAGCGGACAGCGGGACGCGGGAAUGGAUCCUUUUAUGAAAGCGAUUAAGGAGACUAGAUGGAAGGUGCUUGAGCAGCUGAGCAAAAUCACGACUUUUACAAAACGGACAGCGAAUGAGAUAGCCGACAACCCACGAAUUCCUCCACAAGUCCGUCGGCUGAUGAAGACACCUGAGAUCCAAACCUUACAGGAUGAGUUUGAUAGUGCCAGGCUAUAUCUUGCUCGAUGGGCCAUGAGCAUAUCUGAACAGAGCGAGCGCGAGAGAAACCAGCGGAUAUGGACUGCACGGGAUGUCCUCGAGAUGGAAAACAGCUCCGUGGGUGAUUUCGAAAUUCUCGAACUCGAAACGGGAACCAUGUCUAUCAACGAACGACGCAAGACAUUGACUCUAAAAGAAUGGGAAGGAUUCUUCGACCCAACUACAGGCAGGUUGCAGGUCACUGUUGAGGAGGUGAAAGAGAGAGUAUUCCAUGGGGGUCUCGAUCCGAACGACGGCGUUAGAAAGCUAGCUUGGCUUUUCCUUCUCGGCGUAUAUCCAUGGGACAGCUCCCGUGACGAACGUCAAGCUCUUAUGAAUUCCAAACGGGAUGAGUACAUUCGGUUAAAGGGUGCCUGGUGGGAAACGAUGGUCGAGGGACAUUCCACCGAGGAGCAGCAUGAGUGGUGGAAAGAGCAGAGGAACCGCAUUGAAAAGGAUGUACAUCGUACCGACCGCACAAUUCCUCUCUUCGCUGGGGAAGAUAUUCCUCACCCAGACCCUGACUCGCCAUUCGCGGACACAGGGACGAAUGUUCAUCUAGAACAGAUGAAGGACAUGUUGUUGACUUAUAAUGAAUAUAACCCUGACUUGGGCUAUGUUCAAGGAAUGAGCGACCUGUUAGCACCGAUAUAUGCGGUCAUGCAGGAUGAUGCUGUGGCCUUUUGGGCAUUUGUCGGCUUCAUGGACCGAAUGGAACGCAACUUUCUUCGUGACCAGUCUGGCAUGCGUGCCCAACUUCUGACUUUAGAUCACCUCGUACAACUCAUGGAUCCCCAGCUAUACCUUCACCUCCAGUCUGCCGACAGCACAAACUUUUUCUUCUUCUUCCGCAUGCUCCUCGUUUGGUACAAGCGCGAAUUCGAAUGGGUGGAUGUUUUACGCCUCUGGGAGACAUUGUGGACCGACUAUCUAUCCAGCAGCUUCCAUCUUUUUAUUGCUUUGGCAAUCCUAGAGAAGCACAGAGAUGUCAUCAUGGACCACUUAAAGCAUUUUGAUGAGGUUCUGAAAUACAUUAACGAACUCUCCAACACAAUGGAACUCAUCCCAAUCCUCACCCGCGCCGAAUCCCUAUUCCGUCGCUUCGAACGAGCCGUUCAAGCAAUAGACAAGAAAAACAACUUUCCCGCUCCUUCUACCCACCAACGAAAACCCAUCCAGUCCCCUGCCGAUGCAGACAAAGGCAAAUCGCCCCAAAGACCCCCAAGCACCGGGUUCAGCAGCGGCACCAGCUCCGGACCGAGCGCUCCACCCGUCGACAACAGCGAGCCCAAAGUAAUUUCUCCCGAACUAAGAGAGCUAUUCAGCAAAGAUAUCCCUUGGAAGCGACAGCCGUCUGAACGGCGCGAACAAGCGCAAAAUUCAUCCUGA